UGAAGAUAGUUGAAGCUAAAGUAGGAAAGCAAAAAGUCAAUUGUCAUCUUGAACCAGGAUUUCUUGGUCCAUCUAUGUGUAGUGAUAAGCUCCUCAAGAAAAUUGGUGGUAAAAUUAGCAGAAAGUUGACUCCCAAAGAGAAAGAUAGCAAAUUCAUCAGAGAGAAAACUACAUCUCCACUUGGAUUGGCCAUAAUUCCACUUACCUUUACUUCUAAUAUAAUAAACAAUCAUCACCUUAGUAAUUGCCAGAGGCAGACACACAGUGGCUAUAGAUCCAUCACAAUUCCGACUGAAACGUAUCUACCGGAAAUAGUAAUAGAUGCAAAAAAUGCUUUUGUAAGAACCACCUUACACAUUAAGGACCUCAGAACCAAAAAAAAGCCAAGGAUUAAUGUAUCUGUUAAUAAAAGAGAUAUUCACGAUUUUUACAAAUCACUUUCUGGGGAGUCAGAUUCUUCGGAUUCUUCGGAUAGUGAUUCAGGUAAUUCUUCCACAUCUAGUUCGGAAAUAGAAGUUAUACAUAUGCAUAAGACUGAAGCAGUAGGCUCGAAGAGCCAUUGCUGUGCAAUAAGGAAACGCCCCAUUCAAAAGCGUAAAUUUCUAUGGAGGCCGAAUAAUAACAGGUUCGAAGAUCCCGCUAUGUUAAGAAUGGGAGAUUCGUUUGAUAAAGAGCAAGUCACUAACGUAAUAGAUCCCUCUAGCAAAUUUCGGGUUGAGUGGAACAUUAUAAAUAAGAAGGAAUCAUUGAAAUUAGUUUCUCACCUUCCCAUGAAUUUUAAAAGGAAACGUAAAAUGAGUGAUACUGGUC